AUGGAAGAAGAAGACAACAUUGACAUGGCCGCAGCCAUGGGGUUUUCCUCGUUUGGAGGAACAAAGAAGCGCAAAUUCGACCACGCCAGCUCGCCCAAGGCCAAGGCUGAUGCCAGCGGUGCCAACUCUACCAAGUUGGGAGUCCGAACCAAGAAAGUCGCCGGCGCUGAUGAAGACGGUCCUGAAGAGAACCAAGCAGCCCAGACUCAGAGAGAUGCGCCAACAAAGUCCCAAGCAACAGGCUCGGGUCUUGCCAGCUUCCUAGCCCGUGGCCAGAAUCUUCCCGAGCCUCCGCUUGGCGCCCAAGAGGCACCCGGUCUUCCAGAUCUGGGCCAGGAUUCUACCACGGAAAUGAUGUCGUUUGGCGGACCUCCCGUCUCAAGAGCAGAAUUGAAUGCGUUACGCAACGGCGUUCAGAAUGAGCAUGGGGAUACGGCGUAUUUUCUACCGAGCUUCGUUGAAGACCCCUGGAGUUGGAAAGGCACUCUUCCAAGUAGGGAAUUAGCAGACGUCGGGAUUCUGUGGCGCCUCACUAAAGCUGUUGAGCGUAUUUUCAAAUAUCGCAGUGCAGCCGCCAGUCUAGCAACAACCAACAACGGUAUACUUCAGUGGGUGCUAGAACACGUGAGCGUGCGCACAUAA